AGUUUUGUAAGUUCCAAUUUAGAAUUUUCUUAAUUUUAAGGCUCUUACAUCACCGUAACCACACAAAAAGUAUGGAAACGAAGCAGCCCUAUGAUCUGAGGAAAAUUCUAAAUGAGCUAAAAGUUUGUACAGACAAAAGAAUCGCCUAUAAAUUGCUGCUAAAAGUUCGACUGGACUUCAUUGGCAAAUCUGAAGACAUCCAAAAGUUCAUCGAGCUCGGCGGAGUCCCGAUUCUCAUUCAUCACUUGAAAAAACCGAUAGAAUCAAUCUUGGAUAUUGCCCUAAGUGCCCUCGGGAACGUUUGUAUGUACCGAGAAGGAGGAAUAAGUGCUCUAGAAAACAAUGUUCUAUCGUCUUUGAACUCGAUUUUGUCCUCGGUGACGAGUAAAAGUAUUAAAUUACGAUGCGUUCGACUGCUGGGGAAUCUGGCGACGCACAUGUCAAAGACAACAGCUCAUUCCGAGACUUCGUUCAAGAUAAUGUUGAAUAAUUUGUGCAACGAAUUCGAGGAAAUUCUCGGUUCCGAGUCCAUUGACGAAAAUAUGACUUACAUUGCGAUGCUAAUUCGUGCCGUGAGGAAUUUAUGGAAGAAUCGACAAGCCUCGAACACGUUUAUCAUGCGUGGCGUCAUCAAAAAAGUCAUGAUAAUUCUCUGGUGUUGCUUUGAACAUCCAAGCACUUGUGCCAAUGAAGAAACCUCAUCUGCGGCACCACUAGGAGAAACGGUAAUUCUCAAACGUGGCACGUCUCCCGAUCGAAUUGUGACACGCGAGAAAUUCCUCACGCUAAUUAACGAUAUUGACAAUCACAAAAACAGCGAUAUCAUCGGGUAUGAGCCUGUCCGGGCAGCAACAAGUGUUAAUUUGCACGAAUGUCAGCUGAAAGACAAAAAAGACGCAAAAACUUUACUUUCGGGAAUCUUGAAGAUUUUGGAGGUCGCGACAAGUCACACAAAUAUCUCAAUUGUGACACAAAUUUUGUCGUGCCCGUCUUCGAACCAGUGUUUUGUUUCGUUAAUCAAUUCCGAUGACAUCUCAGUGGUGCUGAAGAUAAUCGCGUCUCUCGUAACGUUUCAAAUUGCCAAACAAAUUUUGACGACAUUGGAUGUCGUGACACACGUUUCGAGUUAUGCGAUGAGUGAGCGAUGCACACAAAAAGAUCUCUUUAAUUCCAUCAAAAUUUUGUGUAAUUUGACGGUGGAUGCCUGCAAUCGUGGCAAAUUACGGAGAUCAGGCGUUUUUUCAAAACUUGUUAAAAUUUGCAAUGAAUCAACGAAUGAAGAGGAGAAAGAAAUGAUAUUAGUUGCUUUCUACCAGUUUAGGUUUGAUCACCUAAGUUUAGAUAAUUUGUUGAAAGAAGGAAUUAUUUUAAUGUUAAUUAGAUUGUUACAAAGAAAUUUGCAAGAAAAAAAGUACGAGCUUCAACAUAAGCCAGACGACACUGCCGAAAAAGAUCAAAUUAAAAAUAAGCGAAAGCAAGAUGUUGAAGAAACAAGUCUUCCAAAGCCAAAAAGUAUUCGUGAAUCAUCUCCGGAUAUAAUUUUAAAUUUCAAUCAUAAAUAUCUCACUGCCCAAAAUGUUUAUGCAUCUCCUUUCAUGCGAUCUCCGUCCCCAUUCAGAGAUCCCGGAUCUCCUGCCAGUUCAAGCGGUUACAGCAGUGCAAACAUCCAAGACAGUCCAAAUUACACCUACUCUCCGGUCUGCAGUGACAGCGAAGACGAAGAUCAAAAGAAGGAAACUGAACCCACUAAACCAGACACGCAAGAAACGGAGGAACCCGAAUCCAAAGAAAUUUUCGACAUAUCAACGUUAAUGCACGACGACAAUUCUGUGGCAUCUGUAACAUCCGAGCCAGAAACCGUCGACCGAAAAUCUCCCGAAAAAUCUCUUCCUGAACCAAAAGACAACAAAUUCGAUUUAAUUGAAUGCGUCUUAAAAUUAUUACUGGAGCUCUCUAAACGAAAUGCCACCCAUCCGGAUUUUGUGCGUGUCAGUACUCUAGACACCCUUUUGGAUGUUUAUUCUAAAGUGGAGACAGCGCAAAAAGACGUCGUGCCCGUUUUGAACAAAGUUCUUCGUCAAAUUCACAAUUUCAUCCCAAUUCUAAAGCAAAAUUUCAUUUUUAAGUUGUACGAAAGCCGUCGCUUGCCAAAUUGUCGCGACAAAUGUUCCUCAUGCACUGCCAUGGAGUGCCAAGUAAACGACUUGCUACAUGCGAUGGGAGAAAAUGCAGAAUCGGGAUAUGGCGUUGGGGAAUUGGCACAUUUUUUGUUACGUGGCGAGUCAGAUUUGAAACUGCAAGCUGCCAUUAUUACCAUGUACUUGAUUAAAUGUAGCAAGUCACUGUAUAAACUCUUGUUUGUACACAAUGCCUUAGAUAUCGUGCUUAAUUUAAUCUUCAACGAUGCAGCAAACAAAAUAAUGGCAAAUUAUGCAUGUACCGGCUUCACAGUAAUGGCACAUAAUUUGAAUAUUACUGUAGUUUGUGCAAGUGAUGAAUUAGUGGCCGGUGAUGCGACUACGACGACGACAACCGCCGUGGACUAUGAUGAAACAAAAGACUACAAAGUCGGAAACUGCGAUUUGGGGCAGCAAAAGCAAGACGGUGAUAAUUGUGUGACGUUUAUCGUUGAAAAUGACGAAAAAAUUGCGUUUAAUAGGGCACUCUUGAUGCAAACCAGCGACUUUUUCGAUACAAUGUUCAAGAGUGACUUCAAAGAAGCGCAAGAAAAUACCGUCAAACUCACGAAUAUCAGUGCGUUCGGUCUCAAAUAUUUCCUCGCACUCAUCAGCGAGACCGUAAUUGACAAAAGUUCCAACGUUUUUGUCAACCGGAACAUGAAAAGUUGCUUGGAGGCAUAUGGACUUGCUAAACUGUAUCUGCUUGCGGACCUGGAAACGCUUCUACUUGGUAUCGUGAAAAAAGUGAUUAAUCACACAAAUAUUAUUACCGUACUGGAAUACUCUUUCAAGAAUUACAACUCAGAUUUGCUGUCCAUCUCGAUUAAUUACUACUUGAAUAGCGGCUACAUUACCGGCGAGCAGAAGAGAAAAAUGUUCAAUGAAGCGAACUCGUCCACGUAUCAAAAGCAGUGGUUAGAACGACUAAAGGACACGAUACUGUUACAAGUUAAUUACGGAGAAUAAGCGAACGCGCAAUAAAUACUACGAUAAGUUAUAAAAGAAAAUGAAA